GCCACCGCUCCCUGCGUGCAGCGCCACCUGUGGCAAAUCCCAAAACAGAUUGACUGUAGUUUUCUGCCAUUUUUGCGACUUACUACGAAGCGUACGGUACUUUAUGGUGUUUGAUUGACUCUGGGUGUUCCUGUGACGGGGUAUAAUGAGUGCUUACGUGAUAUUUUGUGGGUUUGGAAGGAUAAAAGGCAUUCCACAGUUUUUCCGUGCUAGCAAUAUUAGAAAGGGAAGAAAACUGUUGGAGUCCGAACAUGUGUACGGCGUGAAGGAAGAAGCCCUUGGACGAGACGUCACGAUUUCUGGCAAAUGCGUUGCGCAGACAAGCAGGCAUUCAUACGAUGUCUUAAUUGAGAUUGGAUCUGAAAGAGCUAUCGUUUCUGCAUCGUGCAGCUGUAAAGGCGGAAUCGCUGGGCAAUGCAAACAUACCGCUGCAGUUGCCCAGUACAUCAACAAUGACGUUAUGAAGUCGUGCACAGACCAUCCACGUGCUUGGGGACGCCCUUCAACACGACCUGCGCUCGACAACCAGCUCUUGAUAUGCGAUCAUUUCGCAGGUGGCAUCAAGAGCGUAGGUGCAGGAUAACCAGCUCUAAUGCACAUCGUGUAUGGACGAGGACAGUGAAUGAAGAAGGUUUGGUGCAAGCCCUGCUGAACAGCAGGCGCUUCAGCAAUGCAGCAACAAAAUAUGGGAGUUCGACUGAGGCUGAAGCGAGGCUGAGUUUUGCUAGCAGGCAUCAUGCUCCUGUGUACGAGACUGGUGUUAUGAUUAGCAUCUGCCAGCCUUGGCUCUGUGGCAGCCCUGAUGCCAUCAUCUGGAAAGGGGGUGAGCCACUGCUGCUUGAAAUAAAGUGCCCGUUCUCAAGAGCAGGAAAGGAGCUUUACUGGGAAGAGACGCAGUCAACAUCUGUCCCAUAUUUGGAGUUCCGGGAUACCAAACUGUGUUUAAAGCAGCGUCAUACCUACUAUACUCAAGUGCAGCUACUGAUGUACAUUGCAGGUGUGCAGAAGGCCCACUUCUAUGUGUACACUACAAAGCAGCAGGCAGAUAUUCUAGUGCAAAGGGAUGAACAGUUCCUGUGUGAGGCUGUGCCCAAGCUUGAGAAGUUUUAUUUUGAACACUAUUUGCAAAGGCUGACAUAAUUUAUGGUUUGCAUAAAUGCAAAAUAAAGUGAGUCUGCUUUUGAGUGGCAGCAUCUAACCAAUACUUUCCUGGGGUGCUUUAUUUUUACUAUUCACACGCAAUUCAUGACCAAUUUUCAAAGUAAAUAGGGUAACUACACUACAAAGGGUUAAAUUUAUUUGGCUGUUUGUAUGCAGAGCACAAUUUCACAUUAACACGACAA